GUUGCUUUGAGUUCCAGAUGUUCCUCAGUUGUAAAUAUGCUGCUCUUGCUUUGCCGAUCCGCGCCUUCACAUGUGCAUCAGAUCCACCAUGUUCAUCAAUUAUGCUGCCCAAAUACGUAAAGGUUUUUACAUCUUCUAAAUCUUCUCCGUCAAUUGUGACUGGAUUGGUGCAUGCUGUGUUGUAUUGGAGAAUCUUGCUUUUCCCUUAUGUAUAUUGAGACCCACUGCUGCCGAGGCUGUUGCCACACUGUUCGUCUUCUCCUGCAUCUGUUGUUGCGUUUGGGAUAGAAGGGCCAGAUCAUCUGCGAAGUCUAGAUCAUCCAACUGCAUCUUAGACGUCCAUUGUAUCCCGCGCUUCCCUUCAGACGUUGACGUCUUCAUGAUGCAGUCGAUCAGCAGGAGAAAGAGAAAGGGUGAGAGUAAGCAACCUUGCCUAACACCGGUCUUCACUUCGAACGACUUUGUCAACUGUCCUCCAUGCACAAUUUUGCAGUGUAAUCCAUCAUAUGAGUUCUGUAUGAUAUUGACUAUCUUUUGAGGCACGCCGUUGUGUCGAAGAAGUUUCCAUAGUGUUGUUCUGUCCACGCUAUCAAAUGCCUUUUUGUAGUCAAUGAAGUUGAUGUAGAUUGAUGAAUUCCAUUCAAUUGAUUGUUCCACAAUGAUCCGUAGAGUUGCGAUUUGGUCUGUACACGAUCUAUCCUUACGGAAUCCUGCCUGUUGGUCACGAAUUUGGGGGUCUACGCAGUCCUUCAUCCUGUUUAACAAUACCCUGUUGAAGAAUUUUUCCGGUAUUGAGAGAAGAGUGAUGCCACUGUAGUUAUCAUAGUUGCUGAGAUCGCCUUUCCUCGGUAUUUUGAUCAGAAGUCCUUCUUUCCAGUCUUUUGGUACUUGUUCUUCAUCCCAAAUCUUAUCGAAGAGAAUGUGGAGUAUCCUUGCAGUUGCCGCUACGUCUGCUUUUAGUUCCUCUGCUGGAAUGUUGUCUGGUCCUGCUGCUUUGCCACUCUUGGUUUGUCUGAUGGCCAAGCUGAUUUCUUCAAUUGUUGGUUGGCCAACAUCGAUUGGAAGGUCCGUGGGUGCUGCUUCGAUGUUGGGUGGGUUCAGUGGAGCUGGUCGAUUCAAGAGUUCUUUGAAGUGUUCUACCCACCUGUUUUGUUGCACUUCAAUGUUGGUGAUUACCUCGCCUUCCUUGCUUUUCACUGGUCGUUCUGGUUUAUGGCGAUUUCCAGAGAGUGUCUUUGUCGUGUCAUACAAUUGUCUCAUGUUUCCUUCUCUUGCAGCCUUUUCCGCCGCCGUUGCUAAAUCUUCCACAUAUUUACGUCUGUCGGUUCUGAUGCUCCUCUUCACUUGCUUGUUUAUUUCUAUGUAUUCAGCUUGUGCUUUGGCUUUCUCUGCUUUGUUCGGCUGGUAUUGAUAGCUAACUUCAGGUUCCUCCUUUCUUGAAUCUUCUCCAGUGUAUCAACAGUGAUCCAUUCAUUCUGAUGGUGCUUCUUGUAACCCAGGACCUCAUGACAUGUUGAAGUUAUUGCCUCUUUGAUCCCCUUCCAGUUGCUCUUCACAGUAGUUCCUUCUCCAUUGAGUAGAUCAUGAAAGGCCUGGAACUUGUUGCUGAGGACUAUCUUGAAUUUGUUGAGUUUGUUAGUAUCCUGAAGAAAGGCCGUAUUGAACUUUUGUGAUAUUGUCCGCCCCCUUGUCCAGUGUUUCUUGAGUUUCAAUUUCAUCUUGGCGACCAGCAAGUGAUGAUCUGAUGCUAUAUCAGCUCCUCUCUUGGUUCUCACGUCCUCUAUAGUCCUCCUGAACGUUUUGUUGAUGCAAAUAUGGUCGAUUUGGUUCUGUGUAGUGUGAUCCGGUGAAGUCCAUGUGGUUUUGUGUAUGCGUUUAUGUGGGAAUAUGGUGCCGCCUAUGACCAGCUUAUUGAAGGCACAUAGAUUUGCAAAUCUCUCACCAUUUUCGUCCCUUUCUCCCAGUCCGUGUCGUCCCAUGAUGUCUUCAUAUCCAGUGUUGUCCGUUCCAACCUUGGUGUUUAGGUCUCCCAUCAGAAUGGUCAGGCCCUUUGUUGGGCACUUCUCGACGAUUGACUGCAGCCUAUUGUAGAAUUGAUCUUUAGCGUCUUCAUUGUAGUCGUUGGUAGGCGCAUAGCAUUGGAUGAUGUUCAUUGAAAUACCCUCUUUCCUUGUUCUGAAGGAGGCUUUGAUGAUCCUUGGUCCAUGAGAUUCCCAUCCUAUAAGCGCAUUUUGCGCUUGUUUAGACAGCAUCAGUGCAACUCCUUGUGUAUGUGGUGCAUUUUCUUCUUCAUGGCCGGAGUAUAACAGGAGCUCUCCCGAAGUUAGUCGUUGUUGUCCAACUUGUGUCCAAUGUGUUUCACUGAUCCCAAGUACCUCUAGGUUGUAUCUUCUCAUUUCUGCAGCAAUUUGGAAGGCUCUCCCGAUGUCCGACAUUGUACGAACAUUCCAUGUAUCUAAAUAAAUGGUUGCUCUGUUUGUCAGAAGGGGCAUCGGCCUCGUAACUUCCGAAGGAAUUCGGCUUUCAUCAUGAGGCGUCAUAGUUCUUCUAAAUGAAGACCUUCUGACUCCCAGGGCAAAGUUUAAAAGGUUUGAAUAAUUUUUUCUGGUUAGCGUUUUUUUUAGCGAGUUAGUUUUCUACGGGAUGGGGACGCUAACCCCAUGCCCCACCCUCCUCCUUUAUCCGGGCUUGGGACCGGCAGUAGCCCCCGGAGGGACUCCAGGCGGAGUUACUGCUCCCAUAUGAAGCAUAUAAAUGCUCAUUAAUAUUUGUACUGUCUUAGUAUCGUUUGAAAUUUUAAUUCCUUUAAAAAGGUAACUACUCUGAGUGAAUAAAAUAGUUUAUUUACAUCCAAAACUACUAGGUAGCAUAUAAUCGCUGUAACUCAGAUUCUGCAAUAUUAUCUAUUAUUUUAGUUAUGCAAAUAGUAAAAGCUCAAUUAACAUAAUCGAGGAAGCUGUCUAGUUUGCUGUUAGCUUUAUUAGUGUGAUUGAAACGAGCUGACAAAAAUAUUUUUCCGGGGUUUACAAACUACAAUCAGUUAUGUAAUUACAGUCAUUUCGUAAUAUAUACUCAAAAUUCAGUUUGAAAUAGGCUUACAUUAAACAAAAUGUGUUUAGUUUAUUCAAAUUCCGAUCCUGAUUCAUAUAAGAUUGAAAAACAUAUGUUAGGUUUUUUAACGGUUUCAAAAAUAACGAUUUUUCUCAUGUGGAUGACCUACUAUGCUAGUUUGGCUUCGUGAACUAGCAUAUAAACAUGUGCAUAAUAAUUUAACGGGAAUGUUUACCAGUCAUUUAGUCAUUUCCAACUUGAGGCCAGAUACAUAUGUGAAUUGAUCCAAGUUGGUACACCAUAUUCGCACAGUUAUAUAACUUUAUCAAGAUAAAUAACGGAGCAAUAGUUGUAACAGUAGUAGUAGUAUUAGUAAAAAAUAAGUAUAAACGAUCUGAUUAGAGAGGAAAUAAUGGGUUCGUGGAAUAAAAAGAAAAGCAUGAAACUAUUUUGAAAUUAGGAAUCUAAAAGAAAGUGAGUGCAUCUACCCUUCUUGGAUUGAUCCUUAGCCGUUUCACACAACCUAUUCAACCGGUAGUUGUAUGAACCCCAACUAGGUAGUGUGAAAUAACUGAAAGGUUAAGCAUCUAAUCGUUCCCCAGUUUUUAAAUCGUAUAUUCCAUUAGUUUGAUAACAAUUAAUUCCUAUUCUGCUUUUAUUUCAGUAUUUGCGAUGUUUACAAAAAUUUUGUGCUUGGAAUAGUUUGUAAUUUGUUACUAAAUGGUGAUAAUACACCUUUGUAUCGUGGUUUAAUUGAGUCAGGAUAUGGUCUAGACUGGAUCGACAGUGUCAGCGGAAUCGAUCGUGGAACUCGCACUACAAGUUUUCAUGUCGGGGUACAAGGUGUUCGUGCAAAUGAUCUGGAAAACUUUCCCCAUAUAAUCAAUGAUAUAUUAUCCGAAGUCGUUCGGGACGGCUUUCCAAUCGAAGAAGUUGAGGCUACUCUUCAUCAGUACGAACUGGAAAUUCGUCAUGAGUCGGCUCGUUUUGGUUUAAAUCUUAUUCUAAACCUAUCCAACGCUGUUAAUCAUGGCGUUGAUUUGAAUGAGUUCCUGAAAAUUGGAGCUAAUGUGGAUCGGUUUCGACAGGAAUGGACCAAAGAUCCGGCUAUACUUCAAAAUUUUGUUCAACAAUUCUUUCUAGAUAACAAACACAAACUGACAACUGUAAUGCGUCCUGAUCCAAACUGGAAGUCCAUAGAAGCCAAGAAGGAUGAAGAACAUUUGGAUCGUUUGACAAAGAACAUAACACCAUUGGAAAGGGAAAAAUUAGCACUGAAGGCUCGUCAACUCCUUGAAAAACAAAAUCAAGAAGAAGAUGUUUCAUGUUUACCGUGCCUCGACAUUUUCGACGUACCUUUGGAAUGCAGACCAGAACCGUUUACACUCACUCAAAGUAAGUGAUUAAUCAAUUUAUAUUCUAUUCAAUAUCCAGGAAAUUUGAAAAUAAAAUUGUUGCUGUCUUGCAAUUUUGUGGCAGAUAACAUAGUUCUGUGUGGCGAAGAUGCUGAUAUAAUUCAAUCUACUGGUUGGUUACAACGGGCGAAUGGGUUGACUGUAUCGAUCUGUUCACUUAUCUUGGUGGUCUUACCACGUAUCCCACUCUCUCCAUUCUUGUUUAACUUUGUCGUUGACGUGCUUUUAGAGAUGACACUUUUCUCGGCUAAAUUUCCAGGGGUUGAACUUCUACCGGGAGAUUCACUUUUUGACCUAGAAUAUGCCGAUGGCAUAGUUUUAUUUGGUGAAGACGCUGACAAAAUCCAGUCUUCUGAACACUAUAAGUAACAAUACAAGCAUGUUCGGGAUGCGAUUUCCCCUCCCCUCGAAAUGCAUCGACACCCAAACUAAUGAUAGGGAGUGAAGUAGUUGGGCGUGUCGACCGCUUCACUUAUCUUGGGAGUCUCAUCAGCCCCUGUGGUCUGGUGUGUGACGAGAUCUCAGCACGGAUACAGAAGGCUCGACUAGCUUUUGCCAACUUGCGUCAUUUAUGGCAUAGGCUAGAUAUCCGUCUACCAACCAAAGGACGUGUUUGCUGCGCAGCAGUCCGUUCCGUCCUACUUUAUGGCAGUGAAACGUGGUCGGUAAGAGUAGAGGAUAUUCGUAGGUUACUAGUAUUUGAUCAUAGGUGUCUUCGAAACAUUGCUCGUAUAUCCUGGGACCAUCGAGUAAGUAACGCAGUUGUUAGGAAACGGGUACUAGGUAAGGAUGGCAAACCGAUUGAUGAAGUGGUGAAACUUGAUCAGUUGAGAUGGCUCGGACAUGUGUUACGUAUGCCCAACGACCGACUUCCUCGACGUGUGGUGUUUCACGGUAUAGAAGUAAAUUGGAAGAAAGCUAGGGGUGGCCAGACCAAAACAUGCACAAAUCCAUGAAGUCACUGAUAAGUGGACUGAGUCGCGUUGGCAGAUGUAGACUACCUGGCUGGGGACCGCGAGAUGAUAGCAACUGAUGGUUAGAGACCCUGAAUAACAAGGCUCAGAAUCGUUUGCAAUGGCGCAGGUGCAUCCACUCUUUGUGUUCUCCCAAAUUCUAAUCUCCUGAUUCUUCCUUGUCUCUUUUUUUCUCUUCCCAAAUUUAUUUCACUGGAUUAUACUCUUUAAAUAACAUCUUCAAACCCUAAUCUUUCCGAUUACUGCUUAUACUGUUACUACCUCUACCACUAUGGGAUUUGAAUCGACAAGUGUAUCUCUGUGCUAGUGUAGUGUGGCAACUCGAAUUGAUGUACGUACGUACGAAGUUCUACGUUGUUACUGACUGACUGAGUUAUUACAUAUGACAUGUCCAUCUUCCAACAAGAGACUACAUAAAUUAUGCAGGGGUUCACACCGCAUUACUUUAUUGGUGUUAAUCUUGUUCUACGAAAGUAGAAGACAUGAAUAGGCUGCAGUUUCCUUAUCAAAGAUAUUUUCUGAGCAAUACUUGGGUACUGUGAAACAAUUUUGCGAGAAGUACUGAGGUUAAAGUUAGGAAAAUAGCCGGAUAUAAUAAAUCAGUUUACUCGUCAUCAAUUUAACUUCAGAAAAUGAAGUUAUGCUCUUUACUCUACUGGAAUGUUUGGGGUACUAAAUAACUUUCAAGGUGUAAAGAAAAUCUCCAGCGAUUUUUAUUACCAAUCGCAGUAUUAAAAAUAUUCAAUCUCUCCUUGUCUCAUGUAUUUUGGGUUCUGAGUAUGAUGUUUGGAAAGUAUGUAGCUAACUCUGGGGUUUAUAUACAGGAGCGUACGUUGACAAAAUCAUCAGUCCCAAUCAAGUUUUCUUACUCAGGUCUUUUGGAAAUAAAUAUUUAUUUUUAGUGUAGGUAUUCAAGAUGUGUCGAGCAGCCCUUAAAUCCCAGAAGCACUCUAAGAUAAAACGGGAUUUUACUCAUGUUGUUUCAGACUUUUCAGUUACUAUUUUUACAAAUAUUUCGCUCUGAAUGUGUAAUCUUUUUAAAAUAUAAUCACUACUCCCGUUUAUAGUAGUCGGAAUUUAUAACUACGAGUUUGCUCUGUUUCUACUAAAUCAUUUACUGCUCCAACUAUUAUUUCGUCAGCGAAUAAAAUGCAUGAAAUUUCGUUAUUUAAUGUGAUGUUUGUGUAUGAAAAAUGUAUUUCCUGCCCUCAUAAAAUUUCCUGUCUAUUUUUGUAAUAUUUAGCAUCAGAUUUUCCUGUCCAGUUGAACGAAGCAGCAACUAAUGGUUUAGUUUAUUUCCAUGCUUUGGCUGAUUUGAAGGAUUUGCCUUGUGAACUAUUAUCUUACGUUCCACUGUUUUGUUCGUUGUUUACCAGGUAUAUUUUGUUGCCUAAAGUAUUAUAUCAAUAUAUGCAAGUGUUUUUUCUUGGGCUUCAGUGUAUGAAUCUUUACUUCGGUAAAACAUUUAAAAAAUCUGUUUAGCUAAAACUCACUAGUUGGAAGUUUCAACUAAAACCCUAACGUGUUUUAAAUUACUCAGCUUUUCUUUUAAUUGAGAUUGUCCCUAAAUUGUCGUAUUACCAAAGCUGUAUAGCCUGCUGUACGUAAUCUGCUUUUUAGAUUGGGAGCGGAUGGAAUGUCUUACUCAGAAAUGAGCCAAGCAAUCGAACUACAUACAGGUGGUUUCGAUGCUUCUCCUUUUGUCACACCUAAAAUACCGUCUUGUUCAAAAACUGAAUUUUCGUCUGCAUCUCGACAAAUUCAUUUGUCCAGUUAUUGUCUUGAAUCAAAAAUACCUAAUUUCUUUGAACUUUGGUCAAAACUUUUCCGUUCCCCAGAUUGGUCCGAUCAGGAGCGUUUAUCAACUCUGAUUCAAAUGUCAGCUGCAGGUGAAUGGUCAGCUAAUGCAAUUUCAGAUUCAGCCCAUGAAUUCGCGAUGUGUCGCGCAGCUGCCAGUCUUUCGUCAACUCGGCUUACUCAUGAACUCUGGUCAGGAAUUGAGCAAGCUAGAAUCAUGCAACAUAUUGCCGGCGAAAUCGGACUAGAAAGUGACAAACGAAGUGAUGUUCUUUCAAACAUUACUGAACGUAUGAAGGCUAUUUGGAGUUAUAUUACUUCACAUAAAAGACUGAAGUAAGUUCAUGUAUAAGUUGAAGAACAGUCAUUUUUCAUUUAAGUUUUCUGUUUUGUAGAAAUCACUUGUUUGAGAGACCAAUAGUUAUGUUAAUAAUCAAUCAUGAGUGCUUAUAAUAUGUUCUGAAAUUAAAUUUAUUUUUGUUCAAACUCACUUUGAUCCUGGAUUAUUAUGAAACGUAAUACAUAAAUACAUUAGUUUAUACAUAAUAACCUGUACUUGUUCAUUUUUAUUGGAUCUAAUUGUUUAAUUAGAUCCAGUUCUAUAUCAUUAUGUUUAUUUACACUUAAAGAGAUUUCUCAGGUUCUGUUCAUUUCAUACUAGUGAAAUGAAGGUUUUGUGAUUUCUGAUUGUCUGUUAAACUAUCUUAGCUACCAUAACUUCCUUUCUAUUGUUUACACAUCGAGUAUUUUUUACACUGGAGGUCAAAUUGAUUGUCGUUUGCCAGGAAGAUAAUCUUUUAUCUCAUAAAUUACUGUAGUUCUAAGGACAUUGAAUUUACUGUUAUAAAAACUAGUUUUUGAAAUAGUAAAUCUCGUGAAUUAUACUAAAUUCUUCCGGUGUGUUUUUGCAUGAACAUUAUUUUAAGUUCGUACAUACUGUAGACGAAAAUCGAUACGAAUAAUAUAAUUUUAAAUUACUGUUUCCCAUUGUAUUGAAAUAUAAGUUACGCGUUUAUAUAUCAGUGUCUUGGUAUCCUUUUGUCGAAUUUUAGAUUCAGUCUUCAUGGGGAAGCUGAUGGUUUAAUGUCAGGAUUAAAGUACCUUGAUGGAUUUUUAAAUGAUUUAUCACAAUCACCAAAAGUGUCGAACAGUUUAUUGAUUGAAGACUCUCAAAAUCCAGAUUUUUUUCCAAAUAUUUCUCGGAAUACAUUUUUUGCAAUGCCGUAUACAGUGCACUAUGUUGCUAAGGCUAUUGAAGCUCCAAGUUAUGACUCUGAAGAUUAUGCAAGGUAGGAAAAAACUAGCAGUUUUAAGUCGAUUUUUAUUUCUUUAAAUGUUUAUACCAAAAUUCAGUAGUCACCUAAUCUCACAGUUCUUUUCCCUCUGUUUCUGUAGUUAUCGUGUCUUGGCUCAUUUACUGUCGUUUAAGUACCUACAUCGUGAAAUAAGGUGAGUUUUGUGUACUGUUGGUUAUUUUAAAGCACAUACUUUCUCAUUUUUACGAAGUAUUUGUGUUCUUUUGGAGGCUGUAAUGUAUCACUAGAGUUUAGAAAUAUGGACGCAGUUUUAGACGUUUUUAUAUAUCUCCCAAAUUUUCUUAUUCGAAUGGAUUCACAUGUAUACGUACUUCAUAAUUAGGAGAUUGGCUCAGGAAUAUUUUCACUUUAAGAUCAAAUUGAAAUCUUUCAUCUUACCAGACUUAGUAUAGCCAAGCGCCUGAUUACGAUCAAUUAAAACAAUAUAUGCAUUCUCUAUGUUUCAUCUCACACAUUUGUGUUUUUACUUCAUUUUGAGAUGGUGGGGAUUUGUAGCUCAGAUGGAUGAUUUUGAUGGAGUUUUUUUCUCUGAGCUGAAUGGUUUAGUCGUGAAGCUUUCAUCGUUCAUCAUCAGAGCAAACUUCAGGUAGAAGUCAAGAACAAAACUCCAUCAUAAAAGUAUCUACUUCAUCCCUACUUUCUUGUUACGUAAUUGUUUCUGUUGUAUAAACUAAGACUAAUGAAUUUUUCAGCAGAAUCAGUCAUUCAGUUACAAGCAAAUGUUCAUCAGCAUAGCAACAUGAAAUUGUGAGUAUGAAUGUCAAACUAGUAGUAUAGUAUCAUCGGUAAUGAAUAGUAAAUGCUACGCAUAUAAAGAAUGUGAUUCGAGAAAAUGGAAUUAAAAGGGGUGUGUGAAGAAGCACUGAAACGCAAAAUCUAGAGUCCGACUCUGAGACAUCUAUAAACGUUUCCUUCCACUCAUUGUGUUUAUCGCGAGGACGUCAGUUAGGUGGUAGUCUGCAUCUACCAACAUCGCUCACACCAACUGUGAGUAACUUCAUAGACUGGAACCGUAUUUUGGUUUGGUUGAUCUUAACGUUCUCCCAACCUGUUUAUGCACUGGCAAAUAUUGUCCGUCGAAGUACGCAUUGCUUGUGUAUACGUGACAAAUGUCCUAACUCCCUCAGUCGACUAAGUUAACCUCAACAACUGAUAUGCUAUCUUUGCCACGUACUCUAUGCCUAAUCUCAUUGAUCACUCGAUCAUUACACGAAACGCAAACAAUGUUUCGAAGAAACUCAUAUUAAAAAUAAGUAGCCUACCUAUGCCUUCUAGUUUUGUAGACAGCAUCAUGGGAACAGAGCAAUGCAAAACAAACUGUUGCCCAGUUUACUCACCCUUUUGUUGGAAGACGGGCAUGUCGCUCACACAAACUGAGUUUUUUGAAUGCGUACCGAUGAUGAAACUUCCAAGAUAAGUAAAGCGGUUGAUGUAGUUAUCUGCGCUUCCUAUGAUCGACCUAGCCGAUAGAGAUAAGUUUUGAAGCUAAUAUUGCAUUUAGAGGGAGUAAAACGCGUUCCAAACAUGUAUUGUUACUCAAGGGGAUCAAAAUAUUGCACCGAGAAUAGUGAGAAAUGAACAUAGGAAACUUUGGCGUGAUAAACGCUAAAUUGAAGUUUUGAGAGAAACAGAUUUCAGUAAAGGUGGUUUUUUGAUUGACUUGGGAACCCAGUGUAUCCUACGAUUUCACCCAUCCCUCUAGUCCCUUGAGUUAAGAACAUUUAGUGGUCCCAUCAUAUUCUUAACAGUUACCUUGUUUGUUACUGAUCACCACUAACUUUCCCGUAUUUUUCGCUUUCAUUUCUUACCACCGCUCAUGACCGUUAGUAGGGUUUUUGUCGGUUUAUGAUUAAUUUUGAACUGGGACUCUGACUGAUUAAAUUAAUUGCUUUUAAGGUUGGUUUAGCCUAUCUACUUACGGAUCAAAAUUAACUGCCACGAUUUCUACAUCUAGACACUUAAUUCUUUUAUAUAUCGAGUAGCUUCUUUUCAUCUGACUUGAAGUUAGUGGGAUAUGAAGCAGACUGUGAAUAUGUAAUAGCGUGCGUGGCUCAGAACCGAUCACGAUGGCGUGGGUGUAUACACUCUCUGUCUUCCCUUAAACUAUGAGAUUAAAAUCGCUUCAUAUCUUUCUACGUACUAAUUCUUUCUUCCUGUACUAUAUCCUUAUAUGCAAUUUUUGUUUUAUAUAUUACCACCAUUGAAUUAACUACUUCUAUGAAUCCGGUGUUCAUCUUGCUGUGCUAAUGCGGUAUGGCAACUUGGACCGAUGCAUAUAUGUGCCUGGUCCUACGUUGUAGCUGACUGACUAACUGAGCGUGCGUCCUUAUCCUUUCGAGUUAUUACUGUUCUGUUUAGUCGAACACUAUACAAGUAACUGUUUACCAAAAUAAACUUCGCCUACGCCAGCGACUCCACGUAAUUAUUCAUCAUGUCGGCCAAAAUACUAAGCAUAAACCAUCCUAGUCCUCUAUAUGGAAUAGGUACGAUUAAGUGAAUUAUUACACUUGGAUCUUGCAUAUGAGUUUCGGAGGCACGGCUUAUGUCAGUGACAUGAGGUUCUGAAUUCCUACUUAAUAAACUCUAUUGUAUGGAUUGAUAUAAGGUUUGAACAUUAAAAGCUCGAACAUGAAUUUUGCAGCGCAAUCUCAGUAGACCAGAGAUAACACUUCAAUUUUUAGCUUGAGGUAAAAAGAAGUCAUACGAAAAAGGUUUGUAGUAAGAAUAGAAUGAGUGUUAGGAAACAAAAAAGUUGAUAUUGAGGGUUGUCAGAAUCAGUCGGUGUUAAGUCUUUGGAGAGAGGUGUCAAGUUAGCUAUUUUGUAGUACUGACCAUUUUCCAACUCUCUCCUUCCGUUGUGAAAAGGCGGCGUCGUUGCAAGUGCUGGUUGUCUGAAGAAAACACCUUAUUGUUUCCGCAUCUCUAUACAGUUAGCAGUACGACUUUGUUCUUUGACCCAGUACCUACUCUUAGUCUUGCCUCUACCCAAUUGACUUACCUGAUUAGAGAUAGUAAGACCUAAUGGAUCAAGUGCUCCAACCUCAAAUGGGUCGUCACGGUAGCGAUUUUUGCCCACCACGAUGGUUCCAUAGUUACAGACCUAGUUCCAACAGAUCAUACCUGUAAUCCACUGACACCGAAUGGAUGUGUGCUUUUACUUUAUACUACCAAUUUUGCUGUGAAUUAUCUGUCGCACCGUUGGGUUACUAAUCCAAUUUAUUUCUUGCGGUUUUCCUUCCGAAUUGUGCAAUUUCCCAUGAAAAGCUUUUUGUUAUCAAGUGAUAUGACAAUUCUUUCAAAUUGAGAUUAUUUUCCUUUGUUUAUUGUAAUGGUAAUGCCAACUAGUUUAUUUUAGAUAUUUCGGUUUAUUUUCUUCCUUUUCCAUUGAUUGAAUUUUUACUAAAUUUUAUAGGGAAAAAGGUGGUGCUUAUGGUGGGGGAGCUAUUGCCAAACCGGAAGCUUUCUUGUUUUACUCCUAUCGGUAAGCUGCAUUUCGUUGGUCAUUAAAUAUUUUUAUUCUUCCCAUUUUAUGUAAAUUACUGAACUGCUUUGGAGUUUUUUGCGGUUUCAUUAAUCCAAAAUACGAAGUGAUUUGGAUUUUCUCACUGAUGGACUCGAAGCAGUUGAUUUCAGGAAUUCUCGGUGAAUCGACAAAAAAGUUGUCGGAAAAUCAUUCUGGUUAAAUUUGAUAGAUCCGUUCAAUGAAACAUCUGUUUAGGAAUUUCGUUAUGAGAAUAAGAUAUUCUGGUAGGAUAAACUAACUUCUCUUUAUAUGGCACAGAUACAUGAAUUCAAUUGUUCUCAAUACUAACGGUUUUGUUGACGAGACUAUAUUUUAUUGACGAACCAAUUAGAUUUAAGAUAACAGGUCUCGGAUUUUAGCGCGAAAUCCAUCCACUUAUUUGACUAAAUACUAUUUCGGCAUUAUGUCUGAUGUCAGUUCCUGAUGAAAACCCUUAAUCUAAUUCCUAACCCUAAACAUAAACUGCAAAUCGUAAUUCUAAUUCCUCAAACUACUUUAUAACCGUCAUUUAGUCCUAGUCAGUAGGUGGACAUUUUCAAAGUCAUUUUAGCGUUGCUCAAAGGUCAUUCAUAAAUUAUGGUCUCACCAAAUUUAUUUACUAUGUUAGUGUGUAAGUUUAUGUUAGUUAAAACAUGAUGACAAACAGACGGGCGCUUUAAGCAGAACUUUUUUUCUUCACGCGUCUAUUAUGCGAGCGAGCAUGAGACUUCAUUUUUCUGACUAUAGUCGCGUUUUUGUGAUUUCGUGGUUACUCAUUCCUUAGAAGUACUACUGUUAGCUUGAUUUGGUUACCAUACUUAUGUAUAAUGUCUUAAUUAACUUGUAUUUUAAGUUUUAUUCACGGUAAAUGUAUUUUGUAAUCGUUCUUAUUAAGAAAUCAAUUUGUGUACUGUAUUUUGUUAAGUGAUCCUUAUCCUCUCAAAACGCUAAGUAGUUUUGAAAAUGCUAUAAAAUGGGCCAGCUCCAGAGAAUUUCAAGAUCAAGAUAUUAAAGAAGCUAAACUUUCUGUUUUCCAAGAAGUAAGUAAGAUUGUUGGCAGUUAUCAUAUUUUGCAUAACUUUCAUGCUUUGCACAUUCAGGAUUGGGUUUUAAUCAAGCAUUGGACUUCUUUAACUUCUGAACUUUUAGCAUACUUAUUCAUUUAAGAUUUGAACAAGUAAAAAAGAAGUACUGUAAAUGAGGCUGUAUUCUAAAGUUCAUAUAUGUCGUUACUACUAAAAUAGAAUAAAUACUCAAUUGUUAGUUCAUCCAAAUAUUAUAAAAAUUCAUAUGGAUGCCAAUUUGAGGAUUUUUAGUAGUUACUGUAGGUAAUGAUUGGUUAAAAGGUGUCCAGCAAAUAUAUAGGCUUCUGGAGAGAACUAGAUAAUGGUUCAAUCGAUCUGUUGCCUCAGUAACAUUGAUCAAAACCUCCUUAUCCCUUUUACCGGUAGAUUUAUAUCCACGAAAUGAAAUGAAGAUUGGUAAGAAACUACAGCUUCUGAAGAGUUGAAUAUCGCCAAUUCUAGGCUGCUUACCCUUGAAAUUUAUCAAUGUCUGAUGUGAAUUCUUAGUCAGGAAACACCUUGCAUUGUUUCAGAUUUGACGUACAGAAGCGCUUCUGAAGAGUUGAAUAUCGCCAAUUCUAGGCUGUUUACCCUUGAAAUUUAUCAAUGUCUGAAGUGAAUUCUUAGUCAGGAAACAUCUUGCAUUGUUUCAGAUUUGACGUACAGAAGCGCUCGAUUGCCCUAAAAUGAAGCCAUCAUCAUAUUCGACUACACGAAACCUGUUUUAUUUUGCUUCUAAUCCUACCCCAAAUGUGGGCCUUUUUCAUAGUCCACAGAUUGUGAAAAACUCGUGAAAAGCAGUCUGGUGUUUGAUCAUUUAUUCUUAAACACCAGCAGAUUUAUUAUCUAGGUCAACAAACUCUUGUACUCCUUGAUAUAAAGUUCGUCUUCUAUUCCUUGGACAAAUUGUGGUCUGGGAUUUAGUUCUCCUGCGAAUAGCAACAUGAAAACAGUCUUGGUAAUAGUUCGAAAGUUCAUGCAUCUAGUUAGUCGUGGAGAAGUUAAUCUACGUGUAAUGAAAUACCAGAAUGGCUUAUCCGAAAAUAGGGAAUGUUCUAACAUUUCUUCAAUCAAAUCACAAAAAUUUGGGCAUGCAGAGCUUCGGUAAAAGGUGUAUUGUUAACAUGCAAUAAAUCUAGUACAGUGAAACUGUACAAGGUUAAUUCAUAGGGCCUCUUGGGUGUUUACGGUAAUCUGCCCAAUCAGUCAUGUUCUCCCUACCAAGUUGACGUAUGAUUUGUCAACAAGUUUUAAGACUGUCGAUCAAAAUCUGAUCGAGAUUUGAACUAUUAUCAUUUCUCGAAGCAUUAAUCCUAGUAAAUCCUCAUGAUUGUUUUUAUUAUUACUAUUAUGUUGAAGUUUUAUUCUAUCCUUCUAUUGAGUUAAUACUAGUAAACUAUAAUUUUCUUUCGUUUAUAUUUUUAUUCCCAUUGAUUUUUUGUUUUUAGUUGGACUAUCCUGUUUCAGCGGGUUCCCGCGGUCUAACCCGUUUUUUGAAUGGGAUCAGUGAUGAUUUGAGACAGUCACACAGAAACCAAGUUUUCUCUGUUGACGCAUCAAGAAUAAAGGAUAUCUCUGGAAAAAUGGUACAAAAAUUAUCUGAUACGUCAGAUUUUCAUAAUGUGGGUCGUGUGGUCAUAGGCCCACAGAGUAGUCCGGACUGGAUUCAAGAUACUUUCGGUCAGGAUUCCAAAAUUAUAUGGGAACGUGUAAUAAUGAUGAUUUAGAUUUACUACUACAUCUGUAAUGCAACUCAUUAAUUUAAUUUGGUAUUGUCUUUACAAAACUUAUGUAUGAGAUCACUUUAGAAGAUGACUCUCAAUUUCAUACAUUGUACUUGAAGAAAUAUGUCACUAGUUUUCUGUCGUAUGUUAACAUUAUGUCUUCUCUCAUAUAAAGUUUACAAUUGUAUAGAAUUUUUAUGCUGCGAGUCACACUUAUUAUUCAUAUUUAAUAUUAAUUGAGGGUAAUUUUCUAGAUUUUGAAAUCUAUGGAGUAUAGCCGUAGUCAUUAUCGUUGGCGAAAGGAGUUGCACUGUUGACUAGAAGUAAGAUGCAUUUUAAAUAUGUUCAUUAUUAGUUUUAGCCAUGCAGAAUGGGAUCUUUCUAAAUAACUGUCUAGUCUAGAUAUUGUUUCGAAAAUCUCGCAUAUUUUUUUACUUCAUCCAACUAGAUGUAUGCAAUUAUCCAUUUAUAAAUGUUAGGUAACGGUCUUUAUGCUUCGGUAUAUAUUUUAAUGUCAUUACAACAGUGCAAAAAAUUUACCACACGGAUACCCAAGUUCGUAUUUAUCAUUCAAACUAAUCAGAAAUCUCUUAGUUUCCGGUUUUACAUGUUUAUAGUCAAGUUAACUGACACUUAAGCUAAAAGUAAGGUCUGGAAAAAAGUUUAUCAAUUGCUCGUUGGUUUAGGAUUGUUUGUACAAUUGCCUGUUAAACAUUAAUUCAGGUACAACUGGGAACCAAAGAAAUCUACAUCGCACAACUAAAGAGAUAAUACUGUAAAGAAAUAAACGAGGAUAAAGAAGUAAAAUCUAAUGAAUAAAUAAAAAGGUGUAGUAUAUAAUAGGAAAUAAAGUUCAUUUGGUAAAACAAUUGAAAUUAAGUAGCUAGUGUACCAUAUUGGCAUCCUUACACUCGAAAAAUCUUUCUUCAAAAUGUAGAUCUACACCACGAGUACGUACUUCCUUCUGUUGAGUCGGCUUUCCGAGAACUGCAACGCAGCUUCCAGAGGCCCUAAAGGAGCCGAAGAGUCCUAGCCAUUCAGAGCAUGAUGGAGCUUCUAGAAUAUCACAACGUGGCGUGCUACUAUUGGUCAGUAGCAUAAUAUGUCUUAGCGGAUUGGCCAAAAUAUAAUGUUGAUUUAACAAAUGUUAACGUCUAUAAAUACCUGUGUUUUUCUGUACAAAAAUGAACAUUUGAAGUAUAGUGUCAUAUGUGGAAAAUAUGACGUGCGAGCUUAUUAGUGAGGCAACUCUAUAUAGAAGAUACAUGGACGAUAUUCUAAUUAUAUGUGAUUUUGAUGUUUACCUAUUAUUGGAUAAACUCAGUGGUGUUCAAGACGAUACUGUGAUGACAUAUGAAUCAGAAAGUAAUGGCUAGUUGGCCUUUUUAGACAUACUUUUAAGUCAAAGGGAUGAUGACACUAUUAGACGGUCUGUGUAUAGGAAACCAACCUGGUCGGGACAAUACUUAAAUUUCCAUAGUUUUUGUCCAUUGCAAUACAAGCGAGGCCUGGGUAAGUGUCUCUUUAAGAGGACUCAAUGAAUUUGUACUUCUGACACGGUGGAAAAAGAUGAAAAGUUACUGACUGACACAGUAGCAAAUGGUUAUCCACUAAAGUUUCUUAAUAGGUGCAAAAGUCAGUUAAGGCCAAGACCUCUUGUUUAUUUAGUUCCAAAGAAAAAAGUUUAUAUCAAUCUACCAUAUAGAGGCGAAUCCAACAGCAUAGUUUUAAGACAGAGAUUGAAAGCAGCCAUCGAGAAUGCCUAUUAUGCUGCUCAGUAUGUUGUGAUUGAAAAGUCAGCCCAUGAUUACAUCACAUCCCAUUGUAUUUACGUGUUUGUGUGGACACACACAUAGGGAGGAGUAAUCGAACAAUGCAAUCAAGGGUCAAUGAACAUGUGCCUAGAUGGCUUCAAAAUCAAUGUGUGUCAAAUGAUUCGAUCAAUGUGGGAGGUGGAAAACCAGGUUCAUCGAUAGCGAAACAUGUAAUUGAAACGGGGCACAAAAUUGACAUUAAUACAGCUUUUAGGACGUUGUAUAGAAAUUGUCAAGGACGAAUUCUUAAGUUUAUUGAAGCCUUGGCUAUUUGUAAAUUUAAACCUCCCUUAUAUAUACAAAAACAAUUUGUUGUAACCUUGAGUUUACCUUAGUAAUCCUUAAAUCAUUCUAUGGCCUAGGAUAACGCGAUAAGUUCUUAUUCUUUCUCUCCCCUUUGUUAUUUUACUUGAACUUUCAUUUAAUUGACCUUUAUUAAUUUUCAAUUAAGAAUGCCCUAACAAGUAUAUGUGUGACCAUAUUGUUCGAAAUGUAUAGCGCAAAUACAUCACAUUUCUCAGAUAAACUCCGUCUUCUCAUUGACCAAUCAUUAAUGCCAUUCAUGAAUUUAAUUUCGACGGUACAGCAGGUGUAACUUUUGAUUCUUGGUUUAAGAAAUAUGAAGAUUUGUUCUAUAUUGAUCUCUGCAGAGUUGAUGGCGCCUCAAAAGUCAGAAUACUUCUAAGUAAACUUGAGACGAUGGAACAUGGACGCUAUAGUAACUUCAUUCUCCCGAAGAACCCACAAGACCUUAGUUUUGAUGAAACAGUUAAAACCGUCUCAAAUCUUUGGAGAACAAUCAUCUAUAUUUCAUAUCCGUUACCAGUGCUUGAAGAUAACGAAAGAACCAGGAGAUGACUGGGUGAAACAUGCAGGAAUUGUGAACUAAGAGUGUGAGAGGUUCCAGUUGUCUUCCAUGACUGAAGACCAGUUUAAAUGCCUAGUAUUUGUCGGUAGCCUGCGUUCACCCGCAAAUGCUGACAUCCGAACAAGAAUCCUAAGCAAGCUGGAACACUGCUCCAACAUGACUCUGCAGGAAGUAACUACCGAAUGCCAAAGGUUAGUGAACUUGAAGCAUGGUAGAGAACAGUAACUGUUUCCCUUACGUCGAUGCAGUCGAGAGAAAAGUCUAACAAGGUUCCAGCACGCAGAAUUAUCGUAAUAACAGCGACAAACCAUCAUCUCCAUGCUGGUCAUUUGGAGGUUGGCCCGUAUCAGUCUUCAGUAAUAAGGAUAGGAGGUCUAUUGACCUAUAUUAAUCCUUGCAGUUUGUAAUACUGUGGAGGUCCAAUCUCGUUUUGAAUAUAUUAACAGAAGGUAGAGAAUUCCAGUGAUUCACUACUCGGUGCGAGAA